AUGAGCGCCAACAACGUGGUUGAGACCGCCCCAAUGAUUCCCGUCCAGGUCGCUACUCAGGUAGACAUGGGAGAGCUUACCACUCUCUGGGAGAUGCUCAAGGCUGAGCUCUCCGCCGACGAGGGCAAUAUUCUGACCAUCCAGGGAGAACAUUACCGCGCCCUCGAUGAUGGCGCCAAGGCUUUCCUCGCCUGCAUGCUCAUGUCUGAGAUUCAUGAGCCCGUCCUGUUUGCCCGUGAUGGCAACGGUUCCGACCAUGUCUAUCUCGGUUCUCCUCGUGCCCUGACUGCUGGUCAAGGGAUGCUUGUCAACCCCACCGGAGCUGGCGAGGCUCUCUGGAUGGUUCGCCCUGAGGGUGCCCCAAUCAAGGUUCCUCGACCCCCCAACGCCUACAUUCUGUACCGCAAGGAGCGUCACCACCUUGUCAAGUCUAUGCACCCUGGCAUCACCAACAACGAGAUCUCUCAGAUCCUGGGCCGUUGCUGGAACCUGGAGAACCGCGCUACUCGGGCUGAGUACAAGGUCCGCGCCGAUGAGGUGAAGCGUCUUCACUACGAGAAGCACCCCGACUACCAGUACCGACCUCGCCGACCAUCUGAGAAGCGUCGCCGCACCAACCCUUCCGCUGCCACUGCGCUUGGUCGGGCUGUCCAGGCCAACCAGGCUGCUCCUCAGGCUACUGCCCAGAUUGUCCAGCCUGUCGCCCAGAAUGGAACUCAGCCCAACCAGGCUGCAGCCCAGGUCAACCAGACUCAGUAG